GCACAGUGCAGGCGGUUUCUCGCAGACCAGUUCUCGCGAGAAGACACUGUAUCUAGAAAAUAAUGGACGUCGGUGGGAACGGUGGUGGGCUACCUGUAAACAAUAAACAGAGAGCCAUGCUACCCAACAAAAGUCGGGGAGAAUUUACCCGCAACCCAAGGAAAGACUCAGAGGGGAUGUCAGAAUCUCCCGACCUGGAGUUUGAAUAUGCUGAUACAGACAAGUGGGCUGCAGAGCUGUCAGAGCUGUACAGCUACACUGAAGGACCAGAGUUUGCACUUAAUAGGAAGUGUUUUGAAGAGGAAUUCAGAGCACAUGUGUCUGAUAAAAAGUGGACCGAGCUCGAUGCAGCUCAGCACAGAGCUCAUGCGAUGCGCCUGUUGGAUGGUCUGGAGGUGAUCGCCCGGGAGAAGAGGCUGAAGGUUGCCAGAGCCAUUCUUUAUAUGGCCCAGGGAACCUUUGCUGAGUGCAGCUCUGAGGUUGAGGUGCAACACUGGAUGAGAUACAACAUCUUUCUGCUCUUGGAUGUGGGGACCUUCUCUGCUCUGGUGGAGCUGCUCAACAUGGAGAUUGAUAACAGUGCUGCCUGUAGUAGUGCUGUGAGAAAACCAGCCAUUUCCCUUGCAGAUAGCACAGAUCUCAGAGUGCUGCUCAACAUAAUGUAUCUGAUGGUUGAAACAAUCCAACAGGAUGACCCGGCUGACAGGCCUGAAUGGAAAAUCAUCAGGGAAACCUUCAGAGCAGAACUGGGAUCUCCUCUGUUCAACAACGAGCCCAUUUCUGUCAUGCUCUUUGGUAUGGUUACCAAGUUCUGCAGUGGUCAUGCCCCCCACUUCCCAAUGAAGAAGGUGUUACUGUUGUUGUGGAAGAGCAUACUGUUUACACUCGGAGGGUUUGAGCAGCUCCAAACCAUAAAGGUUCGAAAGCGCGAGGAGCUGGGUCUCCCUCCUCUGCCGGAGGACAGCAUCCGAGUUAUACGCAGUAUGAGGGCGGCCUCUCCUCCUGCAUCUGCAUCUGACCUCAUAGAGCAGCAGCAAAAACGAGCACGGCGUGAACACAAGGCGCUCAUCAAACAGGACAACCUGGACGCAUUCAAUGAAAAGGACCCGUACAAGGCUGAUGACUCCCGUGAAGAUGAGGACGACAAUGAUGACAACGACAACUCUAUAGAGACAGAGACUUUCCCGCUAGAGAGGGACGAGGUGAUGCCUCCACCUAUUCCUCACCCUCCAUCAGAGAGGGUGUCCUUCCCCAAAGGUCUGCCGUGGGCUCCUAAAGUCAGAGAAAAGGACAUUGAAAAUUUCCUGGAGUCAAGUAGAAGUAAAUUCAUUGGUUACACUCUUGGAAGUGAUACAGAUACAGUUGUUGGCUUGCCCAGGCCGAUUCAUGAGAGCAUAAAGACGUUAAAGCAGCACAAGUACGUCUCCAUAGCUGAGAUACAGAUUGCAAAGGAGGAGGAGUUUCAGAAAACCCCUCUGUCUGGUGGUGAAGAGGAGGUGGAGAUGUGUGCCACUGAGCUGCUCUAUCAGGGAAUUCUGCCCAGUUUGCCUCAAUACAUGAUUGCUCUGCUGAAGAUCCUGCUCGCAGCUGCGCCGACCUCCAAAGCCAAAACAGACUCCAUCAACAUCCUAGCAGACGUGCUGCCGGAGGAGAUGCCGACCACAGUGCUGCAAAGCAUGAAACUUGGUGUAGAUGUCAAUCGACACAAGGAGAUCAUCGUAAAGGCCAUCUCUGCAAUCCUGCUGCUGCUUCUCAAACACUUCAAACUGAACCACAUCUACCAGUUUGAGUACAUGGCUCAACACCUGGUGUUCGCCAACUGCAUCCCUCUCAUUCUGAAGUUCUUCAACCAGAACAUCAUGUCUUAUAUCAUAGCUAAGAAUAGCAUUUCAGUCCUUGACUUUCCAUACUGUGUUGUGCAUGAGCUCCCGGAGUUAACAGCAGAGAGUCUGGAAGCAGGAGACAACAAUCAGUUUUGCUGGAGGAAUUUGUUUUCCUGCAUCAACCUGCUGAGGAUCCUCAACAAACUCACCAAGUGGAAACACUCCAGAACAAUGAUGUUGGUGGUUUUUAAGUCAGCUCCCAUCCUGAAGAGGGCGCUGAAGGUCAAGCAGGCCAUGAUGCAGCUCUAUGUCCUCAAGCUGCUCAAGGUGCAGACCAAAUACCUGGGACGUCAGUGGAGGAAGAGCAACAUGAAGACCAUGUCUGCCAUCUAUCAAAAGGUCCGACACCGACUCAAUGAUGACUGGGCUUAUGGAAAUGAUCUGGAUGCUCGUCCCUGGGACUUCCAGGCUGAGGAGUGCGCUCUGCGGGCCAACAUUGAACGUUUCAACAGCCGCCGCUACGACAAGAGCCACAGCAAUCCGGACUUCCUGCCUGUGGACAACUGUCUGCAGAGCGUCCUGGGACAGCGAGUGGACCUGCCCGAGGACUUCCAAAUGAACUAUGACCUUUGGCUGGAGCGGGAGGUCUUCUCCAAACCUAUUUCCUGGGAAGAACUGCUACAGUGAGAAUCAACCCCUUUCAACAUCCUCAUGGUUUAUUUUCAAAAUAUAUAAAACUGUUUGAAUCAGGGGUUCAGAGAAACCACCAACAGUGCUCUCGUAGAUCAAACCUUGAUGAAAGCAUUAUGUUACAUGUUCUGUACAGACUGAAGAUGACUGAUGUCUUUGAAUUGUUACAUUGGAUCAGUGUGGUUUUACAGUUUGAUCAGGGCUCCAACCAAAUGCUUUUUGUGAUGAACUUUUGCCUUUCAGAAUUUUAGCAUUAUUGUAAUUUCAGUCCGUUAGACUUUUCCCACACUAAUGCUACCCACAGUUUUUUUUUAUAUUAAACGGCUGAUAAUUAAUUCAGUGCUAAAGCCUGCUCCAUUUGUGGACGUAAACUCAACUCCUACCUGAACCAUUUUCACAGGUGUUUGCUCUGUGUGCCUCUUACCUGCUACAGAAGGUCAGUAACUUUGACCUGGAAGCACUACACAGUUCAUUUUAUGUUUUAAAUGGUGGGAGGUGGCAGGGCUCAACACCGUCACGAAAUAAAACAUUCCUUGGAUUCAUCUCUUGAGAUGAGAGGAAUGGGGUGGAACUUUUUAGUCAUAAUUUCUACUAGUCUUUACCUGACGUGGGUUACACCUCUGUUGACCUGACUUACCCUUUGUCGUUCUGUUGUAUUUGCAAAUGAUUUCAAUUUUAAUUUGCAUUUUCUGGAAUGUCUGACCUGAGUGCUGCCUACACACCUACACCUCUGCCCUGGGACCAUUCACACAACGCACAGGCUUGAAUUUCUACAUUAGGAGUAUCUUGGUUUAUUUUGUUAAAACUGGUGGCAUGUGUUGCCAUAAUUUUGUUGUGUGAGAGAAAACGAAUCAUCAGAUCUCUGGUUUGAGAUGAGUGUUUGUAAUCAGACUGGUGUUUUGAACUGAAGUGGAUGAUUUAAGCGGAGAAAAGUAAAAUUGCCAGUUACAGAACCAUUUUCUUUUUCUAUUUUGCAACUUUGUUUUUUGUUUGUUUUAUUAUAUGGGUUAAGGAAAUGAAAAUACAUGUAAAUUGUGAAACUUAUUUAUCAUGGCUUUGUCUGUUUUACAUGGACUUAAAUACUGUAAUAAAAGUAUACUGUCAUUUA